GGAUUAAACUGCGCAGAAGCGUCGCGGAGACGUCCACCGGUGCAGUGCUUGGAGGAGCUGAUUAAAGGGUUACCUGCGCAGGGAGUUUACUGCGCCUCCUGAACCUCACCUGGAGAGCCAGGAUCAUCGAUUCGGCUCAGGACUCCUUCACUGACAUGUUAGAGACUCAUGUGAACCUGUAAUUGGAAACCCUGCUCUCUGGAUUAUGUCAGCUGUGCUGCUUUCAGUGACACCCACAGGAACAUGAUGUGGAGGGAAUAAUGAAGCUGAUUUAUCAAAGUGAAGAAAGGAGAUUUUAACAUCCUUAUAAAAUGGAUUAUCGUCAGAAGAGGAAGCUGACCUUCCUCAGCAUCGGGCUGCUGUUCCUCCUCAGUGGGAUUGAAUAUGCUGUGAUAUUGCCCACGAUCUGGAGGUACCUGCAGACUUUAGAAGCUGCGCCGUACUUCCUGGGUUUGGCUCUGUCAGCGUUUAGCCUCAGCGGUCUCCUCUCAGGACCUUUGUUCGGCCACUGGUCCGACAGAACCGGGACCACCAAGAAGAUCAUCUUGUUUGCCAACCUUUUUGAGAUCGUCGGUAACUUCAUGUACUUUAUGGGCUUCUCUAAGUGGCUCCUACUGUCGAGCAGACUGGUGGCAGGUAUCGGUGCAGGUGCAGGCUCCUCCAUCUUUGGCUUCCUGACCAGAAGCACUUCCCCUGAGGACCGAGCCACCGUGUUUGCUGCUGUCAUGGCAUGUCGACAAGCCGGCCUUCUGAUUGGUCCAGCUUUUAACAUCUUCCUGAGGCUGUGUGAUUUCCAGUUGGGCCCUUUUGUGGUCAAUAAAUUUACUUCUCCAGGGUUGUUCAUGUGCCUCAUGUGGAUCCUGCUUCAGCUGGUCGUGAUCUUUAUGUACUGGGACCUGCCACCCCUGGAGAAAGCAAAGCCCAAGGAGAAUUCAGUGAGCCAUAACCAGGAGGAGGAGAGUGAGCAAGGGGUUGUGGAGGAGAGUGAUGAAGAGGAGAAGCCCCUGAUAGGCUCCCAGGAGCUGGCGGGGUCGUACGGAUCAGUGGUAGUAUCUCCCUCCUCUGAAAACCACAGAUGUUCCGUCUCCAGCGCUUCACUCAACCACGUCUCUCCACACGGGCAAGAGGCUCCAGAGUCCCAAGAGGCCUCCAGCCCCUUUAAGAACUUCAGCAUAUCCAGAGAGUUCCUGAGAGAAGAGGUGGUGGUGCUGCUGGCUGCUCAGUUUAUCACCCUCUUUAAUCAGACAGCGCUGGAGACCAUGGUGACCCCGAUGACACAGAGAUACUUUGGCUACGGGGAGCUGGAGAACAGCGUGAUGUACUGCCUCUGUGGCGUGGAGGUGAUCGCUGGCUUCUUGUUUGUGCGCUGGCUGAGCCGGCGUGUAGCUGAGCGGGUGGUCCUCGCCAUCGGUCUGACCAUCUGUAACAUCUCUGGAGUCUGGUGCCUCAUCUUCCUGGCUAACCCGAUAGGUGAUUUCCCGUGGCAGCUGACUGAGUUCAUCAUCGGGGUGUUUCUGCAGGUUUUGGGUUUACCUUUUGUGGCUGUCGCUCAGGUUUCCCUCUUCUCCAAAGUGACUUCUGAGAAAACACAAGGUUUCAGUCAAGGAGUGCGUCGCUCAGUUGGAGGUCUGGCCACCAUCCUGGGCCCUCUGUGGGCGGGGGGCCUCACUGAGAACAUGUACAUCAUGAUGGGGGUGAUGAUGGCGCUGCUAGCUCUGCUAACGUUAAUGCUGGCGUUUUCAUACGAGCGGCUGGUGGCGCCCGCGAUAGAGGAACACGAGGACGACUCUGAGAACUGUGGCUGAGCUGCAGACGCUCCAUGCAGUGAGAGCGAAGUGCAUGGUGGGAGAUCCCCAUCCUGCUCCUGACAGCCCCUCCACAGCAUGCAGGGUGAGAACCCUCCAACAGAUCCACACCUCCCUGUCUCCUGAGAGCUCACCUGAAGCGUGCACCUGUCAGCUCUGGGUUGAUAAAGUACUGAUCUGGUGUAAAGGUUUAUUUCCUGUGGAAAUAUAAGAUCCUGCAGAUGAAGCACGGGCAGGAUUUGGAGGAGAGUUGUCAGAGCAUCAUUCUGCCGUGUUUCAGCACAUGCAUGAAGAGACUCAUAGUUCUGUUAAAGAACACGUGGAUUAAACUGACCUCUGUCCUUGUGCUGGAGGAUAAGUGAGCCGUUCAGCUUGAUGUGCUGUUUGUCUUGAGAAAGAGGCAUUUAAAAUAUUCAUCAGCUCAACACUAUAAAAUAAAAAACUAAAUUCCCUUAAGCAAUAUUUUUAUAAGUCACAUUUUCUCCACAGGUAAAGCCACGUCUUCGUUUCAUCUUGAUUUAAAGUUUGAUCCAAAAUGAUCCUGAUUCAUCAGAAGGUGUUGAACUUUAUAUUAUCACUUUGUUUAUCUUUAUUUUAUUUUAUUAAUCCACAUGUUUAGUCAAAUCUCUCCUUGAUCACAGAAACACUUUUACAGACAUUCAUUUUGUAAGUUAUAUUAUUUAACUGUUGAACAGCUGUUAUCUCAAACUGAACUCUUCCCAUCAAACCACAUUUACAAAAAAAGAACAAAUAUUAAACACUAACAUCAUUUAAUAAUUCAUGUUUUCCCUUUUUGUCAUCCAACACAUUUAAAACAAUAAAAUACAAAUAUUAAAUUCUAAAUCCACACAGCUUACUGUACGGUCAAAACCUCAAACUACAGACACUGCUGAAUGGAUGUAUUUUGACCACUAGGUGGCGCUCUAAGUCUUCCUGCUGAAGUGUCUCCUGGUCAUUAAAGUGAUAAUUGAGUCUCAGUCAGUCACAUACAGUAACUCUUUCAGACUCAGUACUCUGUUACAGAAACAUAUAUAUUAUAAAUGAGGUUAACAUUCAGCUUUAUUCACAAAAUCAGUCUUUAUGUUUCCUUAAAUAACUUUUUUAUUUUCAGUAAAUUUACUCUAUUUACUUUAAACACUAAAUCAAAAGUACUUUAUAAACCAUGUGGAUAUUUAUUUUUAAUUUAUUUUGCAUUUAUUUAUUAGUUCUAUUGUUGACGCUUACAUUUUGUAUUCUUUGUCAUCAUACAGAAAUUAUAAACUUACAGUAUA